CUGCUUCUGCCUUCUCUGAGCAUAUCAAAACUUUGGCUGGGGAAAUUUUAUCUAGAGACUUUUAUACAUAAAUCUAAUGGUCAACUCUUUCUAUUCUGUUGCAACCAUUGUUCUGAAGUGCUCUCAUCUUUUUGUUCUGCCUUCAUAAUGCACUUCCUUCACUUCCAUUUUAGCUUCUAUUUGGCAUUCUAAUGGAAUAAAAUUUUCCACCUGUUGGGUAACUGACAGCAGUUUGAGAUUACAACAAAAGAUUGCAGUCAUAAAAUUAACUUGGUACUUAACUAUGGAGCCCGGAGAACUAGCAGACCUUUCCUGAUACAGGUACACCCCCAGAAGCUUGUUCUUUACUUGCUUUUCUCCCAGCAGUUUGCUCUGAACAGAUUCUUUCAAUGGCUGAAGGCAACCAGUGAUGGAAGGGGCCAACAGCAGUUCCUUAGAGGGCUUCAUUCUGUUGGGUGUAUCUGACCAUCCACAGCUGGAGAUGAUCUUUUUCAUAGCCAUCCUCUUCUCUUACUUGCUGACCCUAAUUGGGAACUCGACCAUCAUCUUGCUUUCCCGCCUAGAUGCCCGGCUCCACACACCCAUGUACUUCUUCCUCAGCAACCUCUCCUCUCUGGACCUUGCCUUUACUACUAGCUCAGUCCCCCAAAUGUUAACCAAUUUAUGGGGACCAAAAAAGACUAUUAGCUAUGGUGGCUGCGUGACACAACUCUAUGUAUUCCUUUGGUUAGGGGCCACUGAGUGCAUCCUGCUUGUGGUGAUGGCAUUUGACCGUUAUGUCGCAAUUUGCCGCCCCCUGCACUACACCACCAUUAUGAAUCCUCGGCUCUGCUGGCUUCUGGCUGCUACUGCCUGGUUGGGUGGCUUGGGCAACUCUGUGAUCCAGUCAACAUUCACUCUGCAGCUCCCAUUGUGUGGGCACCAAAGGGUGGACAGCUUCCUCUGUGAGGUGCCUGCCAUGAUCAAGCUUGCCUGUGGAGACACGAGCCUCAAUGAGGCUGUGCUUAAUGGUGUCUGUACCUUCUUCACUGCAGUCCCACUAAGUAUUAUCCUGCUCUCCUACUGCUAUAUUACUCAAGCAGUGCUGAAGAUCUGCUCUGCCGAGGGACGGCAAAAGGCAUUUAACACAUGCCUCUCCCACAUGCUGGUGGUGUUCCUCUUCUAUGGCUCAGCUAUCUAUGGGUAUCUUCUUCCAGCUAAGAAAAGCAACCAGGACCAAGGCAAAUUCAUUUCCCUCUUUUACUCUGUGGUCACGCCCAUGGUGAAUCCUCUCAUUUAUACUCUAAGGAACAAGGAAGUGAAAGAGGCAUUGAGAAGGCUGCUGAGGAAGGGAAGAGAAGUUGGCUGAAAGGAAGCAUCUUCAUUAUUUAUUGCCUCUUCAUC